UUCUCUUCCAGGCACCCUCCACACCACACCCAUGGCCUGCAACAGCCUCUGCCGUCCCUGCGGACCCACCCCGCUGGCCAACAGCUGCAACGAGCCCUGUGCCCUGCAAUGCCAGGAUUCCCACGUCAUCAUCAACCCUUCCCCUGUGCAGGUCACCCUGCCAGGACCCAUCAUGACCUCCUUCCCCCAGAACACCGCCGUCGGAUCCACCUCCUCCGCUGCUCUGGGCACUGAACUCAAUGCCCAGGGACAGCCCAUCUCUGGUGGAUUUGGCUUUGGUGGCUUUGGCUAUGGCCUGGGAGGCCUGGGCUGCUAUGGCAGGAGGGGCGGCUACAUCUGCUAAGGGCGCUCAGCACUAUCCCUGACACCACCAGCUCUGGCCUCUGGCAACAGC